AUGACUGAAGGCGGUCUUCCAAAUCGUUAUGAGAAGUCUCGAUUUCUUGUUCGUCUCACGUCUCUCUUCCCCUCUCUAACUAUACGUAUCCGAGUCCUUGUGGGCGACAAAUUAUUUUUCUUUCUUUCUCUCUCUUUCUCUUUCUCUCUCUUUCUCUUUCUCUCUUUUCUCUUUCUCUCUUUCUUUUUCUCUUUCUCUCUUUCUUUUUCUCUUUCUCUCUUUCUUUUUCUCUUUCUUUCUCUCUCUCUUUCUCUCUCUCUCUCUCUCUCAUACAGGUGCUCCAUAAAACUUGCUUUCUUCCUCUCUUUAUAUUUACUCGCUUUCUUCCUCUCUUUAUAUUUACUCGCUUUCUUCCUCUCUUUAUAUUUACUCGCUUUCUUCCUCUCUUUAUAUUUACUCGAUUUCUUCCUCUCUUUGCCUUUACUCGAUUUCUUCCUCUCUUUGCCUUUACUCGAUUUCUACCUCUCUUUGACUUUACUCACUUUCUCUUUUUCCUCUCGAUUUCUUCCUCUUUCUCUUUUUUGCCUUUACUCGAUUUCUUCCUCUCUUUACAUUUUGCCUUUUCCUUUACAUUUACUCUUUCUUUUUUUUUCCAUUUCUCUUCGAUUUACUCACAUUUACUUUUUUCUCCUUUUCCUUUUUCUCUUUUUCUUUCCUCUCUUUACAUUUACUCUUUCUCUUUUCCUCUCUUUACAUUUACUCCUUUCUCUUUUCCUCUCUUUUUUCCUCUUUCUCUUUUCCUCUUUACUCUCCUUUCUUUUUUCUCUCAUUUACAUUUCUCUUUUCUCUCUUUUUCUUUUUUCCUCUUUCAUUUACUCAUUUCUUUUUCCUCUCUUUACAUUUUCAUUUCUCUUUUUUUCCUCUUUCUUUUUUUCUCUUUACAUUUUACUUUCUCUUUUCUCUCUUUUUACUCCUUUCUCUUUACAUUUACUCACUUUCUCUUUUUCCUCUCUUUACAUUUACUCACUUUCUCUUUUUCCUCUCUUUACAUUUACUCGCUUUCUUUUUUCCUCUCUUUACAUUUACUCACUUUCUCUUUUUCCUCUCUUUACAUUUACACUUUCUCUUUUUCCUCUCUUUACAUUUACUCGCUUUCUUUUUUCCUCUCUUUACAUUUUCAUUUUCUCUUUUCCUCUCUUUCUUUACAUUUCUUUCAUUUUCUUUCUUUUUCCUCUCUUUACAUUUACUCUUUUUUCCUCUCUUUACUCUUUCUUUUUCCUCUCUUUACAUUUACUCACUUUCAUUUUUUUUCUUCUUUUCCUCUCGCUUUCUUUUUUACAUUUACAUUUUCUCUUUUACAUUUUUUUUUUUUACUACUUUCUUUACAUUUACUCACUUUUCUUUUCCUCUCUUUACUCUUUCUUUUUUCUCUUUACAUUUUUCUUUCUUUUUUCCUCUUUACAUUUACUCAUUUUCUCUUUUUCCUCUCUUUUUACAUUUCUUUUUCCUCUCUUUUUUACUUUUCUCUCUCUUUACAUUUUCUCUUUUCCUCUCUUUACAUUUCUUUUUCUUUUUCCUCUCUUUACAUUUUCCUCUCUUUACAUUUACUCGCUUUCUCUUUUUCCUCUCUUUACAUUUACUCGCUUUCUCUUUUCCUCUCUUUACAUUUACUCACUUUCUCUUUUUCCUCUCUUUACAUUUCUUUUUUUCUCUCCUUUCUUUUUCUUUCUCUUUUUUUCCUUUCUCUUUUCUCUUUACAUUUACAUUUACUUUUCUUUUUCCUUACAUUUACAUUUACUCUCUUUACUUUUUCUUUUCUCUCUUUACAUUUACUCGCUUUCUCUUUUUCCUCUCUUUACAUUUACUCGCUUUUUUUUUACUCAUUUACUCCUUUCUUUUUUUUUCCUCUCUUUACAUUUACUCACUUUCUCUUUUUCCUCUCUUUACAUUUACUCGCUUCCAGGUUUUUUUGGUUUUGGGGUUAUUUUUUUCAUUUUUUUUACUACUUUUUUAGCAUCACCACUUUUUAAUAUUAAUUCAUUUUUUUCUAUUAUAAUUUAUCUGUCCUUUCUGCAUUUUCUUCUUCCUUCUUUAUUACUUUUUUCUUUUACUCCCUCCUUUUUUCUUCUUUUUCUUUCAUUUCUUCUUAUUCUCCCUCCUUUUUUUCUCACCAUUUCACUUCCUCGCUUUCUUCCUUCUUUUUCCUCUCUUUUUUCCUUCCUUUUCCUCUCUUUCUUCCUUCUUUUUCCUCUCUUUUUCCUUCUUUUUCCUCUCUUUUUUCCUUCCUUUUCCUCUCUUUCUUCCUUCCUUUUCCUCUCUUUCUUCCUUCUUUUUCCUCUCUUUCUUCCUUCUUUUUCCUCUCUUUUUUACUUCUUUUUCCUCUCUUUUUUCAUUCCUUUUCCUCUCUUUCUUCAUUUUCUCUCCCUUUUUUUUUCUUUUUCCAUCCUUUGUUCUGUCUUUUUUCCCUCUUCAUUUUUUUUUCUCAGCCUUCUUUCUUGUUUUUCGCCACUCACCCUUUUCCUGUCUUUAUUUCUCUUUUCAUUUGUCUUGCUCACAAAUGUCUGUGUUCUUUUUCGUUACAAUGUACUAAUAGUUCCUCUUCAUUAUUCAUGGGCAGCUCCCCUUUUCUUAGCUUAUUCCAAUCUCUCUAUCUCUCCCCCUCCCUCUACUUUCUAUAUCCAUCCCUCUCCCCCCUCUCUCUUUCUCACUCCUUUUCUCCUCCUCUCCCAUGUUAAUUAUUCUCUCUUUCGCUAUCUUUCUUUAUCCCUAUUCUUCUAUCAUUUUCUUUCUACUCGUCUCUUUCGGAACACAAAUACCAAUGCCUCUCAUUGCUUAUUCUCAUUAUCUCUCUCUCUCUCUCUCUCUCGCUAUCUUUUUGCCAUUUUCUCCCUCUCCCCGUAUUCAUAG